AUGAACAGAUACUUCCUCAAGGAAUGCAUAGACAUCAGCAAGAGGAGUAAGUCCCCGCCGCGGGCCCAGCACCCCGGGGCGCGCGGGGAGCGCGACCCCCGAGCCGGCGCCUCCUCCCGGGACCCCGCCGGCCCCGCGCCCCGCCUGCCCUCAGUGGCCCUGCGCAAGGCGGGCGGCUCUCCUCGGCUCGUCAGCCCCUUCAUCGUCCCUUUGGACACUCCCAUUAUGUCUGUCAGCACCUCCAUCCCCGUCAGUGCCUCCAUCAUCCCGGUCAGUGCCUCCAUCAUCCCGGUCAGUGCCUCCAUCAUCCCGGUCAGUGCCUCCAUCAUCCCCGUUGGUGCCUCCAUCAUCCCCGUUGAGGAGCCCGGCCUGGCCCAGACUCACCCGGUGCCCACGACCCCCCUGCAGUUUCCGCCAGAGAUGAGCGCCGUGCCCGGAUCUGCCUCCCCUGUGGCCUUAACCGAACUGGCGCCUCCGGGAUCCCCAGCCAGCCCCUCUCCCGCGGCCCCCGCUUCAGACACCGCCUGGUUGGGCCCUGAGGACGGCAUCCAGGCUGCAGUGGGCCGCAGCGUCUGGGCGGCCAGCGACGAGGCGCCCCUCGAGGAGGACGACAUGGACAACUUUUUGCCGGACGCCCACUGGCCCACCUCUCCGCUCCCGUCCCUUGCCGCCGGCCCCCCAGGCCAGCCCCGAGACCCGGGGGACUCUGUGCUCACACCGGCUCUCCCCGAGACAGCUCUGCAGGAGAAGGACAUGGUGGUGGCCUGGCCCAGCCCUGGCCAGUGGCCGGCAACCGCCGCCGAGGCUCCCCGGCCUUCCCGUACCCCCUCAUGGGCGGCGGCACGUCCCGCAUCUGAGGGCACCGUGCCAAGUCCUCAGGGGGCCUCGGUGCCGUCCCCCACGGCUGCCAACGUGCCCCCGCCUAGCAGGACCGCGCCUGAAAGCUCAGCGUUCACACCGAGCCCCGUGGGAAGCCCCCCGGAGGCCGCCUCAUCUCCCGGGCCCCUGCCCUCGGGGGCGAGUGCGACGCCAGGGCUGUUCCCCACCUCCUCCUCCGGGGACGCUGCUCCGGCCACAAGCGUAGCCGGACUCUCUCAAGGGCCCCCAGCCCUUGGGAGUCUGCACGAGACCCUCUCUUCUGGAACCUUCCCCUCGGCGCCCCUGUCUCCCACGGCCCCCCCUCUCAGCACCGCCUGGGUCUGGUCCCCGACCCCACCCGCGUUUGUGGACGUGUCAGCCCCGUGGGCCGAGGUCUCACCGCACCCUCUCCUCCCGAGCCGGGCCCACGAGGCGGCGGCCCAGUGGCCUCCUGAGCCCGCAGACACGCUGGGCCCCAUGGACACGCCAGGCCCCGUGGACACGCCGAGCCCUGUGCACGGUGCGCAGCCCACAGUGACAACUCUCACGGCGCACAGCCCCUGGACCCGCUGUGUGUCCUGCCCCGGGCUGGCCCCUGGGCCCAGCCCCACCGCCAGCAUCGCCGAGAAGGAUGUGGGCUCGGGGGAUGGGCCGGAGACACCAGCCCCGGCCCCACCCGGCAGCCUUGGCCCCGCUACGCCCAGCCACAGCGCCACUGACUUCCCUGACGCCGACGCUGACUACGGCCCCGAGGAGGAGCCACUGGGCUUCAACACACUCUUCCCCUCCCGGCCCCUCGUGGCCCUUCCCUCUCUACCUGUACCAGCGCCCGAGAGCAGCAUCCGGGGCUCCGCGGGGGGCGGCCUGACCCAGGUCCCCACCACCCACCUGGGUUCAGCCAAGGGCCCCCCAUCCACUCCCCUGUCUCCCAGAUCCUCUGCUGUCGCCACCAGCCCCCCAGCCUGGUCACCGAGUGCCACCGUCACCGCGCCCCCGUGGGUCUGGACGGAGGGGCCGGCCGCCCCGGUCCCGUCCCCGCCAUACACGAUCACGCCAUGGCCGGCUCUCAGGGACUCAGGCCCCGUCUCGGCCGGUGACGUGGGCCCUUCCCGAGAGUCCCCGCCAGGCUAUCCAGCCCCCACCCCGCAGGAAACGGGGGGCUCCUGGGAGGCGGCCUCCAGCGCCUUCUCCACCCCGCCGCUGGGCCCCGUCAGCCCCAUCCCCACCUCUGGGAUGGUCCUUGUGGCGUCUCCGUCUGAGGCAGGAGGGCGUGUGGCCACCUCCCUGGCCUGGGACUUCUCCGCCCCGAGGGGGACGCCUUUCGCGUCCGACUCGGCCCUUCUGCCCUCCGCGGUCCCUUCCAGGAGCUCUGACCCUCCUGGGCUCUGGCCAAGUUCCGCACUGGACACACCAUCCCUCCUUGCCGGGGCUGCCUCGCUGUCCCCGCACCCCAGCAGCCCCUCUGUCUCUCCCCCAUUUUCCGAGGCGCCUUGGACCGCGUGGUCCCAGGAGGUCCCACGGACCACGGGCUCUGCAGCCCCCACCAGCCGGGCGGUCACCGAGACCUCCUCUUGGUCCCAGCAACUCCCUCCACGUUCCUCGGAGCUGGCUGGCCCCAGCCCGACGCCCCCUAGCCCCACACCCACCCUAGACGAUCUGACCUCCGGGACCCCCGAGACGCACCUCUCCUCACCCGCGCCCACCCCUGCCUCAGCACCUACCUCCCCGCCAUCAUCCCCUCUCGUGUCCACCCCGGCCCCCUUUGAGGACAGCCCCUGGGCGCAGGACGCCCGCACACCCGCCACCUCCUUCCUUUCUGCCGUGGUCCCCACCACGCUCUGGGUCUCUGCCGGGCCCUCAUUUGUUUCCGAGGCGAGCCCCACCCCCCCGCCUGCAGAGCCGACCUUUGGGGGGCUGUCGCCUAUGCCUACCCGCAUCAUCUGGAGCAACUCUGUAGACCUGGGUGUGGCCAGGACCAGUGCCGCCCCCGACGUGACCACCGACCCCGCCCCGAACCACAGACCCAUGAGUGAGGAUCCCCGCGGGAGCAUCUCGGCGUCCCCCCUGCCGUCCCUCCGUCCCGUGAGCACCCCCAGUCCUGAAGCCAUGGUUGACACUCCGGCACUGCUCACCACCCGGCCACCCUAUGUGUGUGACAUCACCGUGCCCGACGCCUACUUGAUCACGACGGUGUUGGCCAGGAGAGCGGUGCAGGAGUACAUCAUCACGUCCAUCAAAGAGGUGCUGCGGGUCCACUUCAACCGAGCUGUGGAGCUCAAGGUUUAUGAAUUGUUUGCUGACUUCACUUUUCUGGUAACAUCCGGCCCUUUCGUAUACACGGCAAUAUCCGUCAUAAAUGCCCUGAUCAACAGUAAGCUUGUACGUGACCGAACCCCGUUGAUCCUGGCCGUGAAACCUUCCUUCCUGGUCCCAGAGUCCAGGUUCCAAGUUCAAACAGUGCUCCAGUUUGUGCCUCAGAGCGUGGACACCGGCUUCUGCAACUUCACGCAGCGCCUGGAGAAGGGCCUGGUGCUCGCCCUGUGGGAGGUGCGGCGGCACCCGCAGGGCCCUCUGAACCUCACGGUGCAGAUCUUGAACAUCACGGUGGGCUCUUCCCGGGGCGCCCCGCGGCGGGGGCCUGUGAGCGUGGUCUUCGCCGUGCGGGGCACGCAGGGCUUCCUGAGCGGCGUGGACGUGAGCGAGCGGCUGCGGAACCUGAGCGUGGUGGAGUUCAGCUUCUACCUGGGCUACCCCGUGCUGCAGGUGGCCGAGCCCUUCCAGUACCUCCAGCUCAACCUGUCUCAGCUGCUGAAGGCCUCCUGGGUGAGGACAGUCCUCCUGGGCGUGGUGGAGCAGCAGCUGCAGAAUGAAGUGUUCGCGGCCGAGAUGGAGCGGAAACUGGCCCAGCUGCUCAGUGAGGUGUCCCCCCGGAGGCGGAUGUGGAGAAGGGCCACGGUCGCGGCGGGGAGCGGCGUGGUGCAGGUGGUGAACGUGUCCCGGCUGGAGGGGGAGGACGACCCCGCGCAACUCAUCUACUUCGUGGAGGAUCCCGACGGCGAGCGGCUCAGCGCGGUCAGGUCGUCCGACCUCAUCAACAAGAUCGACAUCCAGCGUGCGGCCAUCAUCCUGGGCUACCGGAUCCAGGGCGCCGUGGCCCAGCCGGUGGACAGGGUGAAGCGUCCGGUCCCGGAGGCCCAAAGCAGCAACCUGUGGGUCAUCGUGGGCGUGGUCAUCCCGGUGCUGGUGGUGCUGGUCAUCCUGGUCAUCCUCUACUGGAAGCUGUGCCGCACCGACAAGCUGGACUUCCAACCGGACACUGUGGCCAACAUCCAGCAGCGUCAAAAGCUGCAGAUCCCCAGCGUGAAGGGCUUCGACUUUGCCAAGCAGCACCUGGGCCAGCACAGCAAGGACGACAUCCUCAUCGUGCACGAGCCUGCGCCGCUGCCCGCCCCCGGAAAGGACCACCCCACCCCCUCAGAGAACGGAGACGUGCCCAGCCCCAAGGCCAAGCUGGCACCCAAGACGGCCCGGCACCGGGGAAGAGUGUCCCCCUCGGAUGCCGACUCGACCGUGAGUGAAGAAUCCAGCGAGCGGGAGGCCGGAGACAAGGCACCGGGCGUGGUAGCUGACGGCAAGUUGCACCGAGCACCGCCAAGCGGGCCACCCCCGCCCGGCCCGGGCGCCGAGCCGCACUCCUCCGCCUCCAUCUUCGAGCACGUGGACAGGAUCUCGCGCUCCUCGGAGGCCAGCCGGCGGGUGCCCAGCAAGAUCCAGCUCAUCGCCAUGCAGCCCCUCCCCGCACCCCCGCUGCAGCACCCCGCCCUGGCCGACCGGGCGGCCGAGACCAACAAGAUCAACAAAGAGAUCCAGACGGCGCUGCGCCACAAGUCGGAGAUCGAGCAUCACCGCAACAAGAUCCGCCUCCGCGCCAAGCGCCGCGGCCACUACGAGUUCCCGGUGGUGGACGACCUGUCCUCAGGGGACACGCGCGAGCGCCAUCGCGUGUACCGCAGGGCGCAGAUGCAGAUCGACAAGAUCCUGGAUCCCACGGCCAGCGUGCCCUCAGUGUUCAUAGAGCCCCGCAAGAGCUCGCGGCUCAAACGCUCCCCGAAGCCCCGCCGGAAACACCAGGUCAACGGCUGCCCCGGGGACGCAGAGAAGGACCGGCUCAUCACCACGGACAGCGACGGCACCUACAAGCGGCCGCCCGGCGUCCACAACUCGGCCUACAUGGGCUGCCCGUCGGAUCCCGACCUCCCAGCCGAGGUGCUGACGCCAUCCUCGGCCGAGCUGGGCCGCUACCCCGGCCCGCCCUUCCCGGCCUCGCAGUACGUCCCGCCGCGGCCGUCCAUCGAGGAGGCGCGCCAGACCAUGCACUCCCUCCUGGAUGAUGCCUUCGCCCUGGUGGCGCCCAGCACCCAGCCCCCCAGCGCUGUGGCGGCCGGCCCUGGGGCCCCCGCCAGCCUGCCGGUCAGCGGCACCCCUUCCCGCGAGGAGCGGCGAGGCGCCCAGUGGGGGUCCUUCUACAGUCCCGCCCAGACGCCCGCCAGCAACCCCUGCAGCAGGUACGAAGACUACGGAAUGACCCCGCCUUCCGGCCCGCUGCAGAGGGCAGCCCUCGGGCCCGGGCUGCUACCAUCCUCGGAGCUGGCAUCUCCUGAGCCCCCGCAGCCGCAGGCCUCGGCCGAAGCGCCCUUUGCUGCCCGCGGGAUGUACCCUGAGGAGAUGCCAUCGGUGGCCCGGCCUCGACCUGUCGGGGGAACCACAGGCUCCCAGAUCCAGCACCUGACGCAGGUGGGCAUCGCCAGCAGGAUCGCCGCACAGCCGGUGGAGAUGGUACCCGGCCGCGGUGGCCAGUUCGGGGCAGCCGGCUGGGCCUCGUACGGGGAGGAGCCGGCGGGCCGCAGAGACGCUACACACAUGCUGGGACCACAGGAGUAUCCGUCUUCGCCGCUGUUCCAGGUGCCAAGGACUUCGGGCCGGGAGCCCUCGGCUCCCCCCGGGAACCCGCCGCCGCCGCGGGGGCUGGCCUACCCCACCAGCUCCACGGAGGACCUGCAGCCCGGCCACUCCUCGGCCUCCCUCAUCAAAGCCAUCCGCGAGGAGCUGCUGCGGCUCUCCCAGAAGCAGGGCGCCGUGCAGAACUUCCACAGCUGAGCGCCGCGGCCCAGCCGCCCACUAUCUGCUUCCCGUGGAAGCAAGAGCGGACGGGGUGGGGGCAGUCAGGGGAGGA